AAGAUCUCUACGUCUUGAAACCUAGAAAAGUACUUGCGGUACCGGAGAGGCAGAAACCGGAACAAACUUAAAUCGAACUAGUAAAAGAUAAGUUAUGGCACGAUACGAUAGAGCGAUCACCGUUUUCUCGCCGGACGGUCAUCUUUUCCAGGUGGAGUACGCCCUAGAAGCCGUACGAAAGGGUAACGCCGCAGUGGGCGUUCGAGGUACAGAUACUGUCGUCCUCGGCGUAGAGAAGAAGUCUACUCCCAAGCUUCAGGAUUCCAGAUCUGUACGGAAAAUCGUAAAUCUAGAUGAUCACAUUGCAUUGGCUUGUGCUGGACUUAAAGCAGAUGCACGUGUUCUUGUAAAUAGAGCACGCAUUGAGUGCCAGAGUCACAGGCUCACUGUGGAAGAUCCUGUAACUGUUGAGUACAUAACUCGCUAUAUUGCUGGCCUUCAGCAAAAAUACACUCAAAGUGGUGGUGUAAGACCAUUUGGUCUUUCUACCUUGAUUAUUGGUUUUGACCCAUACACAGGUGUUCCAUCUCUUUAUCAGACAGAUCCAUCAGGUACUUUUUCAGCAUGGAAGGCCAAUGCAACUGGGAGGAACUCCAACUCAAUCCGGGAGUUUCUUGAGAAGAACUACAAGGAAACCUCUGGCCAGGAAACUGUGAAGCUAGCCAUUCGUGCUUUGCUUGAAGUUGUUGAGAGUGGUGGAAAGAACAUAGAAGUUGCUGUCAUGACAAAGGAGCAUGGACUUAGACAACUAGAGGAAGCUGAAAUUGAUGCCAUUGUUGCUGAGAUUGAGGCAGAGAAAGCAGCUGCAGAAGCUGCGAAGAAGGGCCCGGCAAAGGAAACCUAGUUCUAGAAAAAAUGCACCGUGUUCUUCUAUGAAGCUACAACUCUCUACUAUUUUGAUGCUUCUUUCAACAUGUGAACUGUUAAAUCCGGUGUUAGAAAAAGUGUGAUUUGCUGAACUUUUCCUAUAUUACACAGUUGAAUGUUGAUAGACAUUUGCUUGCUAAGAAAAUUAUUAUCUUCAUUUAU